AUGGGUGCACAAGCUGUUGCGCUGAAGAUGUUGCGGGAUGUUGCGGGACUUCGGCUGGAGCUGCUCUUUUUGAAGGUUUGGCAUCUUUUGAAAAGAAAUGCCGAGCCAAAAAUCACCAGCGCGAAGGUGGUUGGCAUCUUGCUACAGCUUCCAUUGACUGAGCUCCAGCAACUGGUGGCUGUUCCCAAGAAGUUUCAGGAACGAUUCCAUGAAGCUCUGGCUGUGGUAGGUGUGCAGAUCGUCACCGAUGGGCCAGAGGGCAAGGCUCUUCCAGCCCCUCCUUUGGAACGUCAAGGUCAACUAAUGAAGGGCUUGGUCGCUGGAGAUCAUUCGCUCUGUUCCUUCCUAUCUGCGAAGCUCAUGCGUCAACUGGGCGCAGAAGUGAUGCCCUGCCUGGUCGACGAGAAGAAACUGCGCGCAGCCAUGAAAUCGAUGACCAGGAGCUGGGAAAGAGAUCUGAAAGAGCAGGAAGCAGCUCAGACCUUGCUGAAAGAAUUUGAAGCCCUGGAGCCGCAAGCUCGCGCACAAGAGUUGAUGAAAGCAGGCCAAGAAAGUGGUCAAAGUACCAAAGCCAAGACUGCCCAGCUGCUGAAAGCUGCCAGAAAGGUGGCAGCUGAACCGCAGGUGGUUGGCAAAAUGAUUGCACAAGCUUUUCUGGCGAGUGGCCAGUCGUUGACGCUGCCCUUGGUGCUUCUGUUGGAGGAGUGUAGCGUUUCAAGAGAAGAGUUGGCAGCAUUUGGUGCGCGUUUGCCCAAACCUCCUCAAGAGAAAGGUGAAAAGCAGCAAACGAG